AUGACUGAUAAUGGAGAAGGUCCUUUAGACCUUAUAAAGCUAACUCAUGACAAACUCUCUGUCGACGCGGUGUCUGACUCUGUGACUUGUCCUUCCUGUGGAGCAAUCUCUUUGUUCAUAGGAACCACUAGGGAUAAUUUUGAAGGAAAGAAGGUGGUGCUGCUGGAAUAUGAGGCAUACAUCCCAAUGGCGGAAAUGGAAUUUAAAAAAAUCUGCAAUGACAUUAGAGUAAGAUGGCCAGCUGUUAGGUAUAUCUGUAUCCAGCAUAGAUUAGGUGUGGUUCCUGUAACAGAGGCAAGUGUAAUAGUGGGGAUUUCAUCACCUCACAGAGGAGACUGUAUGGAGGCAGUGACAUACUGCAUAAAUACACUGAAAGCUAAAGUCCCUAUUUGGAAGAAGGAGAUCUAUGACACGGAGGAGUCUUGCUGGAAAGAGAACAAAGAGUGUUUGUGGGCAGGGAAACAGGACGGCACUAAGAAAUGUUGACCUCUGAUCAGUCAGAUGAAAUAAAGACUUCACACAGAUCCCAGAGCAAACUCGGAUGACUGGCCUUUCAAAGAUUUUCAUCAUUUUUUAAUUGAAUUUAUCAAAACCAAUGCUCAAAACCAGCAUAUAUAAAUGGGUAAAUUACUAGAAAGCCUUUACAUAAAAAAUAUAAAAAGUACCAGUGCAAAAUACCGUGUAAACAUUGAGCACAAUAAAUUAGUCUUGUUUUCUUUUGAUUGUGGCAACUGUCUAUGAAAAGUGAUGCCAUUAGGAAUGAGAGCAUUUUGUGACAAUCUAAUAAUUAGGAUUGUCUGAACACCUCAGUAUUAUUACCACUUAUUACCACCAUGUUGUUAACAGUUAGUUAUGAUAUCCAAGGCAUUUAAGAUGAAAUUUUUAAGUGAAUACAAAUAUGAAUUGCAACAUGCUAUUCCUUGGGACACAAACAUUCAAAAAUCAUUAAUAAAGAUUGUACAUUCUUUACAUUCAAGAAUGUGCUCAUA